AUGUCAGAUACAACACCUUCUUCCAAAGUACCUCCUCCCACGCCAAAGCGGUACGCAAACAAGGGAAGUCGUCGCAACGACACCUCUCCAGAAAAGGGAGGAUCAGCAGUCGAUGAAUUUUUUUCAACAAAAGUAUUGAGUGCGUAUGAACCGUUUGAAUGGGUGCCGGGAACGAAAUUCAAUCAUCGUAUUUUUCCUCAGGAUAGCUCAAAGACAUUGGCUUUACUGCCAAACACCUUGAAAGGCGAAGUGUGGGCUAUACCACCGAAUAAAGAGUUAGAAAUAGUCAAGCGUCACCGUCUGGCUCACAAUAUCGUGUGUGGCCCCCAAUCUGUGAUCCGUUCCGGCGUGGCAAUGUGUUCACAUUGUCAAAAUCGAAUUACUCGCGAUGAUGCCGUAUCCUUUGGCUGCAUAACCGUCAGUGAGAGGGCACAAUCAAGCUGUGCUGAGUGCCGUGCGAGAGGAACGAGCAAUUGUGAUUUUGGGAAGAAUGUGUUAGAAGAAGAAAUCCUAGAUGCGUCAUUGGCCUCUAACCUUGUUGCCAAGCUCGAAGGAUUAGAAGCAAUCGUCAGUGGUUUUGCGGCAAUCGAUACCUUGAUUCCGCCUCAGGUGAUUUUGUCUGCUUUAGGUCCGCUUACUCGCGACGGGCAUGCACUUGUCAAGCAGCUUAAUGCUGCAGUAGCCGCUAAUGUCUUCGACACCGACGAUCCUUCCUUACGUCGUCGCCGUACCGCGGUCAACUUUCUUCCAUCGCCGGUGUUGGAACACGGACAACUUACAGGACUCAGUGCGGGCUGGAACGAUGGAGAUAUUACGAUGGAUGACGCUGCGAAUAAAGAGCUGAAUACCGAUCCUGCUGCUGCGGCUGCUACAUCUGGGCCUGCGCGGAACUUACGAUCGCAACGCAAACCUUCUCAGACUUUUGAACAACGUCUUCGAUCUGCUCAAGUCUCUGGAAAGCGAGGGAAGUCUCGUCAGAUCUCAGAAAGUAGUCGCUUGUCAACCCCCAACGAUUUAGAUCGUCAAACGUCGAACACGAGUGGAUCAGGUGCCGGGGUGUCAGACAAGAGUACGCAUGACAAUGAUCAGACCAUGUUAGAUCAGCUGGAUGAAACUGGGGGUUAA